CUAUCGACCAUUCUUUCAUUCAACGCCUCCAAUAUUUCCACAUAUACUAAUUACAACCACACUAUUAGACCCCAUCUUUCUGUGUGCACCUCUUCUACGGAUACUCUUAAGUUUGAAAGCCACCGCAUCCCUGUCCUGAGGGAUCAGGACGCCCCCGACUAAUCGCCCACGCCAUCACCUCGAAACUGCUCCUCACCAACCUACACAAUGGACGUCGUUCCCUCCACAUCGCCCGAUGAGGCCGUGCGCCUAUCGGCAAAGCGUACCGCCGAACUCUUUGGUCCCGACUACCUGAUGGUCACCCCCUCGGUCGCCAGCGGCUCCAUUGGACUGUCCUAUCGACGCAAAGCAGAAUACGACGAUGUCCGAGAAUUGCCCCCCGCCCUCGCUGCGAAACAAGCCGCUGCAGCGGCGGCGGCCGCCAGCGGACGCGCCAAACGACCCAAGAUCCAAUCUCAGACCAAGGCCUCGGCCGCAGACGGCAGCGGCGCGUCGAUGGCGCUGGUCAAGAAGGCCCCCGGGCCGGCAGCGGGCGGCGUCGGCGGUGAGAACGAACCCAAGAGCCUGAUCCAGCGACCCUCGGCGACGCGACAACAGAGACCCGACUGGCAUGCGCCGUGGAAGCUGAUGCGGGUGAUAUCCGGCCACCUGGGCUGGGUGCGCAGCUUAGCGGUCGAGCCCAACAACGAAUGGUUUGCCAGUGGUGCGGGUGACCGGACGAUCAAGAUCUGGAAUUUGGCCACCGGCGCGCUGCGGCUCACCCUCACCGGCCACAUCUCGACCGUGCGCGGCCUGGCCGUCUCCCCGCGGCAUCCGUACCUCUUCUCCUGCGGCGAGGACAAGAUGGUGAAGUGCUGGGACCUCGAGACCAACAAGGUCAUCCGCCACUACCACGGUCACCUGAGCGGCGUGUACACGUUGGACCUGCACCCACGCCUGGACCUCCUCGUCACCGGCGGCCGCGACGGCGUGGCCCGCGUCUGGGACAUGCGCACGCGCAGCAACGUCCACGUCCUGUCCGGCCACCGCGGCACCGUCGCCGAUGUGAAGUGCCAGGAGGCCGACCCGCAGAUCAUCACAGGCUCCCUGGACUCGACCGUGCGGCUCUGGGAUCUGGCGGCUGGCAAGUCGAUGGGCGUGCUGACGCACCACAAGAAGGGCGUCCGCAACAUCGUCACCCACCCGCGCGAGUUCACCUUCGCCAGCGCCAGCACUGGCUCCAUCAAGCAGUGGAAGUGCCCCGAGGGCGAGUUCAUGCAGAACUUCGAGGGCCACAACGCCAUCAUCAACACCCUCGCCGCCAACGAGGACAACGUCCUCUUCUCCGGCGGCGACAACGGCUCCAUGUGCUUCUGGGACUGGAAGACCGGCUACCAGUACCAGACCAUCGAGUCCACCGCCCAGCCCGGCUCCCUCGAGGCCGAGGCCGGCAUCAUGUCCUCCACCUUCGACCGCACCGGUCUGCGCCUCAUCACCGGUGAAGCCGACAAGACCAUCAAGAUCUGGAAGCAGGACGACGAGGCCACCCCCGAGUCUCAUCCGGUCACUUGGGCUCCUACCCUUGGUCGGCAGAGGUAUUAGUGUCCUGCGUGCUGCUGCAGCCAGCUGACCACUCUUACCCCCUCAACCCCCCCUUUCUUCUUCCUUCCAUUUACCUCUUCAUAAACCUCCUAUUUUUUUCUGGAAAAUACCCCCCGCUUGCCGGCCUUGACAGCUUCCGUGGAUGUACAAACCUGUUCACGGUAGUUCAAUAUGACAAAAUCUUCUCAUGCUUUUCUGCUAUUGCUCCGGAGGUGGUCACGGAUGUUCUUCUCUGUGUUUUGUUAUUGUAUGCACUAUGGCGUCCAGCGUUGUGUGGUUUGGAUUUCUCUUUCUUGCUGGUAUACUAUGGACUAUUUAGAUGUAUCAUAGAAUGAAUAAGCCGAGCUUCAAUCUCGAGCUUUUACCAUCUCAUACCUCUAUGACCAGCUUGUACACUUUACUCAACACAUGACAUUCAUCUCUGCCCUACAUAC